UAAAAUGUCUUUUUUUGUUUUGAUCAAAAUAUAAUUGUCAUGUUCAUUUUUGACAGAAAAAAAAUUUCUGUUCAAAUGUGUACUCCAUUGAGCCCCAUAUAUGUGUGAUGUGUCCCUAAGCCUCCCUUAGCUUUAAUUCCAUCAUGAGUACAAAAUUCAAUGUCAACCGUCGACAGUUGGCCCUUAAAGCCAAAGCAAAAAGAUACAAGAAGAAUAAGAGAACACAGGAGCAACACAAAAAAGACGAGAGUGAUAAUAGUGAUGAAGAGGAAUUGCCCUCCGAAAGUUCGAGCAGUACGACGACCACAGAUGACGAAACUGUAUCGGACAGCGAAAUAGACAUAAAUGAGGAUGGAGACCAAGAAGACAGCAAGGAUUAUUGUGUUGGUGGUUAUCACCCAGUGAGAAUCGGCGACGUCUUUCUCAACAGAUACCAUGUGAACCGCAAAAUUGGAUGGGGUUAUUUUUCAACUGUUUGGUUGUGUUGGGAUUUGGUUGAAAUGAAGUUUGUUGCGAUGAAAAUAGUGAAGUCGGCUGAACAUUUUAACGAGGCAGCCAUCGAUGAAAUAAGAAUAUUAAAAGAAAUUAGGCAGGCGGACGUGAACGACCCCCAUAGGGAGAAGACGGUUCAGUUGUUGCACGAUUUCAAAAUCGGUGGGGUUAACGGAGUUCACAUAUGCAUGGUGUUUGAAGUACUAGGAUGCAACCUCUUGAGACUAAUAAUCAAAUCUCGAUACAAAGGAAUACCCAUAAACAAUGUUAAAACGAUAAUUCGUCAAGUGUUGGAAGGACUGGAAUAUCUGCACGACAAAUGUAGCAUUAUUCACACAGACAUUAAACCGGAGAACAUUUUAUUGUGUGUUUCCGAAGAAUCUAUCAUGAAAAUGGCUUGUGAAGCUGCCCAGCUGCAGUUAAUACCAGGAACGAAGUUGCCAACAUCAUUAGUCAGUACGGCACCAUCACAAGAGCAGAAAAUAAGUAAAAACAAAAAGAAAAAAUUAAAAAAAAAGUACAAAAAACACAUUGAAUUGAUGAAAAAUGAAAUGGAACACCUUCAAAAAGUGGUUACUAUGAAAAAGACCGAAACUGAAGACCGGCUUAGGAACACAGUCCCAGGUGAUUCUGAAGUUAGCGAAUUGGAGGUCUUGAACCAGUGCAAAGGGAAGAUCGAGGCGGUGCGGGAAUCAGGGGAACCACCGACGGUGGUCAUUAAAAAAGACCAGACAGACAAAGAUAUCAUAGCUGCACCACCAACUCCUCCACCCAGUCCCAGACCACCACUAACCAAUUUGGAUCCAGCACUAUAUGAAUGUGACAUUCAAAUAAAAAUAGCGGAUUUGGGGAACGCCUGUUACGUUCACAAGCACUAUUCUGACGAGAUACAGACCAGACAAUACAGAUCAGUGGAGGUUCUGAUAGGUGCCGAAUAUAAUGUAACGGCCGACAUUUGGAGCACCGCUUGUGUUGCUUUUGAACUCGCCACCGGUGAUUACUUGUUUGAACCACACUCUAGUUGCCAUUUCAGCCGGGACGAGGAUCAUUUGGCUCAUAUCAUAGAGCUAUUGGGAGACAUACCACCACACAUCAUUAAGACGGGACGAUACUCUCGUAAGUUUUUCGACUCAAAAAACAAACUGAAACACAUCUGUGGCAUAAAGAGAUGGAGGUUACAGGACGUGUUGACGGAAAAGUACAAGUGGAAUCUGGAGGAUGCUUUAAGUUUUCAGGAUUUCUUAUUACCCAUGUUGGAUUUUGAUCCCAACACAAGGGCAACCGCCUCCCAAUGUCUAAGACAUCCAUGGCUUUAUAAAAAGUGAAGGUCCUUGAUUAAUUAUAUUUUAUGACCUGUUCAUUUUUAUACAUAUACUUUUUAUAAAAUGAUUUUUGAAUUUGAA